CCGAAAGGUGACUGCAGUUUUCCAACCACACAAAGACAAGUUUAAAUGUACAAUAGGAAGGGACUGGAUUCCCCCUUUAGAUGCCUGAGGAAAAGAUGGAGCUGAUCAGGGGAAUUAUUUGUAAAAACCAAGGAAGGAGCUAUGUUUUUAUUGUAAAUUUUGUUUCAUUUGUUGCUUUUAGCUGUGAAGAAGGGCAAACCUGGGCAACACAUCAGUGUUCCCUUGAAAAAAUGCUGGAGGCGGCUGCAGUCAUUAGGAAACACAGGUUUGGAGGUGACAGUGCUUGGAGUAAAAAUGUGUGUGUGUGUAUUUGUACAGAUACUAUGUGAGGACCAUGUUGAGCCGUGAACUGACGGAGUGGGGACAUUUUGGACGUUCCUCACUUUCUGGGUCACUUUCCAUGAGCUGUUAUUGCUAAGACUUGCUUUUAGGGUUGAUGACAGAAUUAGAUUUAGGUUAGUGUUGAGGUAAGUAUUAGGUUUAGGCACUUGUGAUGGCUACGGUUCGGGGUAGGGGAUUAGGAGAACAUAUUAUCCCAAUAAGUGUCAUACAAGGUUCUCUCUCUGUGUGUGUGUGUGUGUGUGUGUGUGUGUGUGUGUGUGUGUGUGUGUGUGUGUGUGUGUGUGUGUGUGUGUGGAUCCAGUAAGACUAGUAUGUGGUGGGAACUUGGCAGGAUGCAGUCUGACAAGAUCUGAUUUCACAAGAGUAUCUGUCACGUGUACACACGUAUGUUAAACUAACAGGGAUGCUGUAGAGCUACUGGGUCACUACAGCCUAAAUCAUCAUCAUCAUCAUCAUAAGUGACUAUCUGAUUCUUGUCAUUUCACCUCUGUGAAAUACACUCUGAGUCACAUUCCACUUUACGCAAAUCUUACAAUAACUCUCCCUGUGUGAUGUCACUCAUGGAUUCAUCACCAUUCUGCUUCUGCUAAUCUGUGGAUAUGGAAAUGACUCAUUACAUCCCCGCCCCCUUAAACUCCCCUGGGAACCACCACCAAACCGAUAAAAGUGGACGCGGUCGGCAGCGCAGACGAGCGAGAGUCGCAGCCGGAGCAGAAGUUGCACUAUGGAGUUUGGCACAUUAGCGCUGUUUACACUUUUCUCCUCCUUCUACAACGUGUUGGCGCUGUCGCCUACAGGCGUGUGUCUCCUUCAAGUGGACGAGGGACCCUGCAGGGGACAGAUUGAGAGCUACUACUACAACACGAUCACGCAAAAGUGCGAGAUUUUCUACUAUGGCGGGUGCCAGGGGAACGCCAACAACUUCAGGAGUUAUCAGCAGUGCCAGAAGACAUGUUUCAGAAUCCCAAAGAUUCCACAGAUCUGCAGGUUUCCUAAAGUAGUAGGACCCUGCCGUGGCCUCUUCCCCAAAUACUUCUUCAACAUGACCACCAUGCAGUGCGAGACCUUUUCUUAUGGGGGCUGUGGCGGGAACUCAAACCGCUUCGGGGACCAAGCCAGUUGCAUGGAGUACUGCAGCCCACCGAAAACUGUUCCCGUGCUCUGCCUGGACCCACUGGACAAAGGGAAGUGUUCGGCCUCUAUGACUCGGUAUUACUACAACGGCGCCACCAAGAAGUGCCAGGAGUUCACCUACUCAGGCUGUGGAGGCACCAGCAACAACUUUGUCUCCAGGCAGAGCUGCAUGGACGUGUGUGUUAAAGGAGGGAAAAAGCGCACAGGCCUAAGAAAAGUUCGACGCAGGAUACGGAAUAGAAAUAAUCACAUCGUUCAAGUAUUUGUCUGACACUCGAUCUCACAGAUGCUCACACGGACGAGCCUGUGACGGAAAGAAACAAGUAUUAAACUGACUGUUUGUGCCAAAAGAAAAACGACCAGGUCACAUCUGUUGUGACCGGAAGAGUCCUAAAUACAUCCUGGUUGUAUUUGUAGGACUUUUUUUCCAAAUGUAUUUUUACUGUAUAUUGUUGAUGACGUUUAUUACUACUGCACUCGUGUUUUGAUACUGUAUGUAUUUAAUAUAUGUUUUGUAAUACAUUAUGACAGUGACAUUUUAUGAUGUGACAUUUUAUGAUGUGACAAACUGUGUUAUGAGCACAUUUUCUAUGAAAUAUACAGAAUUUUAUAAAGUUAUUGAGCCACUUGUUGCUGCUGUUUAUCAGUAAA